UCUCUCUCUCUCUCUCUCUCUCUUAAGUACACUGCCUUUAGAUCUCUUUAACAUUUAAAGGGAUUGUUUGGGUGCCUUACUUGUGUCUUUUGGGUACCUCAUUCGGAGUAAGUACUUAGAUUGAGUGUCCAAGUAGCUAAGUCCAUUAUCUCAUUUGGGUACUUUAGAUUUCAGUGUCUGAUGACACAUGAUUUGAUUUGGGUUCCUUGAUUUACAAGUGCAAACAUGUUUUUGGCCCCAAGAACUGAUCUGGGUCUUCUUCAUUUUGGUCACUGAUGAAGAAAUCUUUCCAUGAUUUUGAGCCGAAGUGGUACAAAGGCCUCAUCUGGUUGGUAGACGCCAUUUAUACUUCCUUUCUGUAAGGUUACAUAUCUGCUGCUAGCGGCAUUUUGGUCAUUCUAGAAAACAUGGUUGCAGGCAAUGGGCUGCUUUUCCCUGUUCUUGGCUUUGCAUCCUGUAUUGCAUUCAUUUACAUGUCUGUGGGGGAUUUGAGGUUUCAUUUCCAGCAACCUAAGUAUGGGUUUGUGGAGAGGAAUGGGACCCAGUUCUUUUUAGAUGGGAAGGCUUUCUAUGUGAACGGUUGGAAUUCCUACUGGCUGAUGGACCAAGCUGUGGAGGAUUUCAGCAGGCCCAGGGUCAGGGCCAUGCUUCAAGCUGGUGAAAAGAUGGGUCUCUCUGUUUGUAGGACUUGGGGUUUCAAUGAUGGGGCGUACAAUGCUCUUCAGAUCUCACCCGGUCGAUUCGAUGAGCGUGUCUUCAAGGCGUUGGAUUGGGUUAUUGCGGAAGCACGGCAACAUGGCAUCAGGUUGAUUUUUAGCUUAGUCAAUAACUUGCAACAAUUUGGUGGGAAGACUCAGUAUGUCAAGUGGGCAUUGGAUGAGGGCAUUGGUUUGAGUUCUUCUAACGACUCGUUCUUCUUCGAUCCAUCCAUUCGCCAGCAUUUCAAGACUUACCUGAAGAAAGUAUUGACGAGGAAAAACAGUAUCACCGGCAUUGAGUACCGAAAUGACCCUACCAUCUUUGCAUGGGAGUUAAUUAAUGAACCCCGCUGUACAUCUGAUGCUUCAGGCGAUACUCUUCAAGAUUGGAUUGAAGAAAUGGCGGGAUUUGUAAAAUCAAUCGACAAAAACCAUCUAUUGACAGUUGGACUUGAAGGGUUUUAUGGCCCAACUAGCCCGGGGAAGUUGAGUGCGAACCCUGGAGAAUGGGCAAGUGCAGUCGGAACUGAUUUCAUUCGCAACAACAAAAUCUCAAGCAUUGAUUUCGCCUCUGUUCAUGUCUAUCCUGAUCACUGGAUUAUGGAUCAAGAACUCGAAGACCAACUUAGAUUCGUCUACAAAUGGGUGAAUUCUCACAUCGACGAUGGAGACAGAGAACUUGGAAAGCCUGUCUUGUUUGCAGAAUUCGGGCUGUCAAACAAAAACAAGAACUUCAAACCAUCUCAUCGUGAUACAUUUUACAGAUCUGUUUACGACAUAAUCUACAAGUCAGCGAGGAAACACAGAUCUGGGGCUGGGGCCUUUCCUUGGCAAUUCAUGGUUGGAGGUAUGGAAGAGUACAAUGACGAUAACGGUAUCAUCCCAUGGGAGAGGCCAUCCAUGUAUACACUCAUAACAGAACAGUCAUGUCGGUUGGCAGCGCUCCAACAUGGGCAAGAUCGGUCAAAGGGGAGCUCAGAAGAAGUAUGUUAAUGGGAUUUAUGUCUCCUCUUUUUUUCUUCUUUUUUUCUUUUCUUCUUCUUUAUUUUUUUUGUUUAAAUUCAAUUUCUCAUUCGAGCCUUCUUUGAUGGCUUGGAGUGUUUAAUUCUCUUUUGUCAUAUGAAUUUAUAUACUCAGAGAGAAAUGAAUGAUGUAAAAUGAAAGUAUUCAAUUCAUGCAUAUUGCUUAUGCAGGCCUCA